AUGGUGCCCGAGAGUCUCACGGAAAGCUUUGUUGGAAAGCUGUGUCAGCCCAAAUUUCACCGUGCACGUCCGUGGAAGCUUUGGUGGUCCGAAAAGCGCCACAAGGACGAGCGUUUAUUGGACGCCGCCGACCACGGCGACGCGGAGGCCAUCCGUCAGCUGCUGACCCAACCGGCCGACGGCGGACCCCCGGCAGCGGCGAAUGCGCAGCAGCGGCACAGCAAGGGACGCACUGCGUUGCACCUUGCUGUGGCCUCCGAACAUCUCGAAGUGGUGGAACUCUUACUCCAGCGCGGAGCCAAUGUCAACGCUCGUUCGCGUUUGGGGAAACUGACGCCGCUGCACGUGGCGGCAGCUCAGGGCUCGGUGGACUUGGUGGAGCAUCUGCUGGCGGCACAUGCGGAUGUGCUGUGUCAGACCGAGGAUCGUCAAAUCGCUCUGCACUAUGCUGCUGCCAAUGGCCACGGCGAGGUCGUCAAGUGUUUGGUGCACCAGGACGGCAACCAGCUGAUGUAUCGCAACUGCUUUGGGCAGCGGCCCGCUGAAGCCGCUGCGGAUGCCAGCACCGCCAUGAUGUUCCGAUUCGCCACCCACGACGCUGCGAUCUGCAGCCUCUUGGGCAGUCGCCGGAACAGCGCCUGCAGCGACGCAAGCACGGCCACCGGCAGCUGCGCGUCGGAGGCGGUGGAGGUGACUGAGGAGGACGGCUAUGCCGAACGGAGCUGCAUCCCGGGCGGCUGGCUGCUGCGCAACGCGCGCUGCGAUGCAGUGCAGCGAUUGCUGCAGAAGACGCGACAGCUGGAAAUGGAGACGCGGCAACUGAUGACGGCCAGAUCGUGGAAGGCCUCGUCGCCCAAAGACUCGCCGUCGCGGUCGCCCACCUCCAGCUGCUCCUCGGUGACCUCGCGCCGCACAGCGCCCUUCGCCAAGAUGCGCCGCGGCAGCUCGCGCGUGGAGAAGGUGGGCCCCAACAGUUUCGAGCUGGUGAACCUCUUGGGCCGUGGCAGUUUCGGGGAGGUCUUUCAGGUGAAGCAUAAGCGAACGGGCAAAGCCUAUGCGAUGAAGGUCUUGCAAAAGAGUCGGAUCAUGAGUAGCAACCUGCUUCGCUACGCCGUGACGGAACGGAAUAUUUUGGCCUACAUCCGGCAUCCCUACAUUGUCUCACUCCACUAUGCCUUUCAGACACCGAGUCACUUGGUCUUGGUGUUGCAUUACUGUCCCAGAGGGAACUUGCAGCAGCUGCUCACUCGCGAGAAGCGACUUUGUGAGACUCUGUCACGUCUUUAUUCCGCCGAGAUCCUACUGGCCCUGAUUCAUUUGCACGAGAGGCAUACAGUCUUUCGGGAUUUGAAACCUGACAAUGUGGUCAUCGAUGAGUCCCACCAUGCCUUGUUGACGGACUUCGGCUUGUCCAAGGAGGGCGUGGGGCAGCGCGGCACCAAAUCCUUCUGUGGUUCCGUGGCCUUUCUGGCGCCCGAGAUUCUGCUACGGAAAGGUCACAACCACACGGUGGAUAUUUACAACCUCGGUGUGCUUCUGUACGACAUGCUCACGGGUCUUCCUCCGUUCUACCAUCACGACAGGGAAACCUUGUUCGCCAACAUCAAGCAUGCACGACUAGAGGUGCCGUUGUACGUGUCGCGUGUGGCCCGUGCCUUUAUCGAGGCCACCAUGGAACGAGAGCCCAACAAGCGUUUGGGUGCUCAUCACACGGCACAAGUCAAGGAGCACGCCUUCUUUUCCGAGAUGGACUUUGAAAUGCUGAUGCGCCGGGAGGACCUGGAAGAUUUGGGAUGGAAAGCGGUCGAGUCUCCUGCCUUCUUGACCCGGGAUGCAGGGGACAGGUCCCCACUUGGCUUGGCUCGCGCCCCCGAGAGCCCCUUCGCGCGUGCGGAUCGCGCCCCUCGCUGGAGGGCAAGGUAUGUGCGAGGCCCAAAUGGCGGAAGUGAUCGCGGAGUCUCUGAUUGGGAUUGCAACUUGGACUACUCUGUGGCGCCCAACAGCCGCGGCACGAGCAAUUUGUCCUCGGGCGCCAAUGGCAGCGAAAGUUCCGCGAGCACCUGGAGGUGA